AUGAUGUUGAAGAAGCAGAGCGAGCUGUUCUAUACUCGUUGGAAGGCGCAGGAAGAAUUGUGGGAUGCGGCGGACGCCGAGACUCUGGGAUUAGAAAAACCGAUCGAGCGAUCGGAUGGCCAGUGGCUUCAAGAGUGGAACGAGAUUCUCGACAGUGCUGACAGGGACCAGGCGCACCUCACUCACAUACACCUCUACGCGCUUGCACACAUCUUGCAACGGCCGAUCAUCGUCUUCUCCAGCAAGUUGACGGAGCACUCAGUGUGCAGGCUGCGAGGCAAGCAGAAGUUCAGAGAUAUUGAUAGCAGUUGGCGGGGAGAAAAGGUCCCUUUGAUCCUUGCUUACGAAUCGAGCCAUUUUAUUGAAGGCGAACUGCUCCCCGUCCUCUUUGUGGAUAAGAACAAGCUGUACGAGCGAUACCCGAACAUUGUGGAAGCAUUGAAGAGCUUCAUGUCCUGCGAGAAGCUGCCGGAUGGCCCGUUGUGUGUGAAGUACAUGAUCAGGAAAGAUGAUACCGCCACAAGGUAUCUUGCACGGCACCAGUUUGAGAGCGAGCUAUCGACUCACACUCUCAGCAUGAUAGAGGACUUCCUGACGGAAUGUCACGCUGUCGUGACCCAGUAUCAAAUGUACGAUGAGGAGCUCCUCAACGAUCAGACAAGGAUUCCUGACGAAUGGAGAUCGACAAUCGACAUCUAG